CACUCAAUCUUUUCUCUUUCGUCCCACUCCAUUUUCACAUCUCCCCUCAAAAAAAUAGAUUCUUGUAUUCUCCAAUUGAUGGAACAUAAACUUUUCUUAAGCUGUUAUGAAUUAAUUGUUCCACUUUUCUUGCUAAUUUGCUCUCUUAUUAUUGUGAUAAUUAUUUUGAUAACUUCUAUAUUACUCAAAAGAAGAUAUUUUCAUUGUAAGUGUGAUAUAUGUCAUACUUAUGUUACUUCCAAUUGGUCCAAAAAGUUUCCAAAUAUAUGUGAUUGGUACACCCAUCUCCUUCAAAACUCCCCCUCUAAGACCAUUCAUAUACAUGUCUUAGACAACAUAAUCACAGCCAAUCCUAAGAACGUCGAGUAUAUGUUAAAGACCAAUUUCAACAAUUAUCCUAAAGGAAAACCCUUCUCCACUAUCUUGGGUGAUCUCUUAGGGCAUGGAAUCUUUAACGUUGAUGGUGAUGCAUGGAGAUUUCAGAGGAAGAUGGCGAGCCUCGAGCUUGAUAGGUACUCGGUCCGAUCAUAUUCCUUCCAGGUGGUGAAGGAGCAAAUAGACAACCAUCUUUUGCCCUACCUUUAUGCAAAAAUGGAUGGCCAAAUAGUAGAUUUGCAAGAGAUUUUUAGGGCAUUCUCACUUAGCACAAUCUCAAAAUUCUCCUUUGGUGUGAAAAUUGAGCCACUACAUGACAUUGUUAGUCCCUUCAAAGACUUCUCUUCUUCUUUUGAUCUAGCAACCAAGCUCUCAGCUAAACGAGCACUAGAGGUAUGCUCGAUUUCUUGGAGGCUAAAACGGUUUCUAGGCAUAGGAGAAGAGAAGAAUCUAAGAGACGCCAUAAAAGAAAUUGAUGUCAUAGCCAUGGAAGUCAUCAAACAAAGGCGUAAGAAACUAAGCUCAUCACCUUCUUUAAUAAUCCAUGAAGAAGAAAACAACCUCCUUUCAAGAUUUAUGAAAAGUAGUGUAAAGGAUAAUGAUCAAUAUCUUAGGGACAUCAUUGUUAGUUUCUUACUAGCAGGCCGAGAUUCAGUGGCAUCAGCUCUAACCAGCAUUUUCUUGUUAAUGGCUCAACAUCCUCGAGUCGAAUUCGCCAUCUUAUUAGAGGCAAAUAGAGUUCUUGGACAAGGCCAACAACAACAUGUUUCCUCAUAUGAUCAAUUAGGUGAACUAAACUACCUACAAGCAGUAAUUUUUGAGAGUAUGAGGCUUUAUCCACCUGUUCAAUUUGACUCAAAAUAUGCUCUAAACAAUGAUGUUUUCCCUGAUAAGAUCACCAAAGUGAUGAAAGGAACUAGGGUUACUUACCAUCCAUAUGCUAUGGGAAGAAUGAAACAAAUAUGGGGUAAAGAUUGUUUGGAGUUUAACCCUGAAAGAUGGCUCAAAGAUGGGGUGUUUAUGCAUGAAAAUGCUUUCAAGUAUCCUGUUUUUCAAGCUGGUGUUAGGGUUUGUUUGGGUAAAGAAAUGGCACUAAUGGAGAUCAAAUGUGUUGUUCUUUCUCUUCUAAAAGAGUUUCAUUUUCAGUUACCAAACACUUCUUAUUGCCAAACUCCACGCUUCUCCACUGGUUUAACUGCUAGCUUUAGUGGUGGAUUGCCUGUCACUUUUUGUACAAGGGAAAAGAUGUAGUAAUAUCUUGAACAAGUUAACAAUGUUGUUUAUAGAUAUAGAAAUACUUGUAUGUAUGUGAAUGAUGCCAAAUCAUGCAUCUGGAUUCCUAGGUAUGCAAAUAUUUGGAAUCUGAAUUAUCAUUUGCAAUUUGCAAAUGACAGCUA